AAACCCCGUGUGAGUCCAGAGGAGGCUCUAAACUGAACAGAGUGAGCGGACACAGAGAGGGACACAGGCACGGGGUGCUGGAAGUUUAACCACCGCUUUAACGCAUUUUGGAGCUUUCUGAAUGUUCUUCCACAAGCGGAGACCGAGAGAGAGACGCACUGGGACAGUUUCUCAGCUCAUCCACGGUCAUCCUAACAUCACCGACUCUUCUCGUACGAGGAGAAUUGUUUUAAGUUGUUCUAAUAGUGCAGCGACACGUUCUCUGGACAUCCCGUUGACUCCGGUCGUCAUGUCCUCCGGUGAUGCCUCGGAGCAGAGUCGGCGGGUGAGCGUGCUGUCUUGGGAUCAGGUGCGGCGUUUGGACUCCAUCCUUGGAGAGAGCGUACCGAUCCACGGCCGAGGAAACUUCCCCACGCUGUCAGUGCAGCCCCGGCAGAUCGUUCAGGUGGUCAGGGCUCGACUGGAGGAGCAUGGCGUGGUGGUACGUGAUGUUAAGCUGAACGGUUCAGCAGCUAGCCAUGUACUUCACGAGGACAACGGCCUUGGCUACAAAGACUUAGACCUGAUCUUUGGCCUGAAUCUGACUGAUGACAAAACCUUCCGGCUGGUGAAGGAUGUGGUGCUGGACUGCCUGGUGGACUUCUUACCUGAAGGGGUGUGCAGAGAGCGAAUCACAGCCCUUGCCCUAAAGGAGGCGUAUGUGCAGAAGUUGGUGAAAGUUUGCAAUGAGACAGACCGCUGGAGCCUCAUCUCACUGUCCAACAACACCGGCAAAAACGUGGAACUGAAGUUUGUGGACACCCUGAGAAGGCAGUUUGAGUUCAGCGUCGACUCCUUCCAGAUCACUCUGGACUCACUGCUGCUUUUUGACCGCUGCUCGAAGACAGCCAUGUCCGAGUCCUUCCACCCUACAGUGCAGGGGGAGAGUAUGUAUGGAGACUUUGAGGAAGCUCUGGAUCAUCUUCGCUCCAAGACUAUCGCCACGCGCAGCCCAGAAGAGAUCCGGGGUGGAGGGCUGCUCAAGUACUGCCACCUGCUGGUGAGAGGUUUCCGGCCAUCUUCUGCAGCUCAGAUGAAACAGAUGCAGCGCUACAUGUGCUCGCGCUUCUUCAUCGACUUCCCCGACAUAAGUGAGCAGCAGAGAAAAUUGGAGGGAUAUCUGCAGAACCACUUUGCAGGCAUGGAGCACAAGCGCUACGACUAUCUGGUGACUCUGAGGCAAGUGGUGGAUGAAAGCACUGUGUGCCUGAUGGGACACGAGCGCCGACAAACGCUUGCACUUAUUUCUGCCCUGGCACUGCGCGUAAUGGCCGAACAGAAUGCUAUCCCUGCUCUGUCCAACAUCACCUGCUACUACCAGCCUGCUCCCUAUGUCAGAGACGUCAACUUCAACAAUUACUACGUGGCACAGGUUCAGUCACCCAUGGCUACGUGCAGUAACUCUUAUCAAACGUGGCUGCCUUGCAGCUGAGCAGUGUCUUUACCGAUGUUUGCAAAGUUUUCUUUUUUUAAAUCUUUAUUUUGAUGUAAGCUGAACAUUCAUUACCAAAAAUGUCCACGGUAAGGGGUCAGUAUUGCAUUCGGGCACAGUCAUUGCUGCAGGAGAUGAGAGCCAUUCUACCCAGCAUGAAGCUUUUCACUGGGUCUGUGAGCUUCACAUCUCAAGCUUCCAGCUCUGCUGUUUUCUUGGAAUAGGUCUUCUUUUGCUAGACAAUCUUGCAUCUCUAAAACAUGAAAUUCUUUUUUGAAUGUGUGCCUGUAAUUACUUUUAAAUUUGAUAGGGAAAGUGAAGAUUGCAAGGAAAGAAAGCAGGUCAAUUAUAUGUAGCAAAGGUUUGGCCAGACAGGAAUCAAACUGCCAACUCAAUGCUCAGGGCACUUGUAUCCAGUAUAGUAUGUGCCCUAACCAUUCAGUUUCUGGGCCACACAGUUAGCAACAGUUAUGCUCAAAUUUAAUUUGUUAUUAACCCAACACAUAAACAGCUUGUUUUUAAUUAAUGUAAAAGAAUCUUCUCUGUUCAGCUCUCUCUGAUCAUUUGUAUUGUUACAGUACAGCUGAAUUCACUACCUUAUUGUUUUGUUUGCAUAUUUUUCUUUAUCUGUUCAAUGAUAGUUGCUAACAUGCCGUUAUAAUAAUUUUUUAAAUGGAUGAUGACAGAAAAAGCUAUUGCACAAAUUUACAUAUAUUCAAGCACCUAAACCUGCUAUAAGUGGGAGAUGUUAGCAAAUGGAUGGAACUGUAUUAGAAAUGUGACAGCUGAAGGGCUAAAGCAGUUGUAGUAGUUAUUAUAGCAGUGAUGGAGCUGUGAGUGAGCCUGAACACAGCCAGAGCUUAGUCAGAACAUGACGUAUCCUGAUCCAGAAGGAUUUGGGGAGAUAAUUGCUUGGUAUCUCUGUAGCUAUGUGGCUUUGUUGUUUUCAUACCCAACCACAUUUUCUUUGCAAAUCUUAUAUAAAAAAUAUUCCACUAAGUUAUAUCGAUUAAUACUGCUGUAAAAUUUUUUUAAAUUUGAGCCAUUAUAAUUAUACCUUUUUUCUUCUGUCAUUUCAUAACCAAUGUGGAUACAUAUGGAAAAAUAUGAAGGCUUGAUACAUGAACUUUUCCAGUUCUGCUUGGUGUAGAUUCACAUCUUACUGAAAUGUAAAUACUUGGUACAAAGCCAAACUUUUUUUUUUUUUUUGACAUUUGUUUUGUUCUGUCUGUGGUUUCAGCUGACCUGACUGGGAGGGAAAAGGACCAAAGAAUUUCUUUAUUGUGUAGCAUGACAAACAAAGACUGUAUGGAUUCAAGUGCCUGAAUAUGACAAACACCUUUGUAGUAGUUGUUAUGUAUGAUCUGUUUUUGAAUCUUUUUCAUUCAGGUUACUGUAAAUUUCUAUAUCUAGGGUCAGGGUACUUGUUUCAUUAAAAAAAAAAUAUCAAAAGUUGAAA